CAAAAUCAUUAUUAGGAUUUGCUUCUUCUAGCUCUCUCUUUCAAAACCCACAAAACCCCUGCUUCUUCUUCCUCUGUUUUCUCCUUCUUCCUCUGUUUUCUCACAACCAUGGUGAUUUACUCAAAACCAUCCUUAUUAGAACAAAACUUCUCAACACCCAUUAGAACCUUCAUCAAACACCAGCAAAAGACUAUCAUUCCAGUAAUUGAUAUGUCAAAUCCAUAUGCAAAACACAAUAUCGUCAAAGCUUGUGAAGAAUAUGGAUUCUUCAAAGUCAUUAACCAUGGCAUACCAAUGGAAUUAAUGAGUGCAUUAGAAUCUGAAGCUGUUAAGUUCUUCUCUUUACCUCAAUUCGAAAAAGAUAAAGCUGUUCCUGCUAGUCCAUUUGGUUAUGGGAACAAAAAAGUUGGACCAAAUGGUGAUGUGGGUUGGAUUGAGUACCUCCUCUUAUCAACAAAACUUGAUUCUGCAUCCUCUUCUCAAUUAUUCAAUUCAUUAAGAGGAAACCCAGAUUUUUUCAGGUCUCUUGUGAAGAGUUACAUAGGAUCAGUAAAGAAUUUAGCUACGGAAGUUCUUAGAUUACUGGCAGAUGGUUUGAUGAUGCAAGAAAGAAAUGUGUUCAGUAGAUUACUAGAAGAUGAAGAAAGCGACUCGAUUUUCCGAUUAAAUCAUUAUCCUCCGUGUCCUCCUCCUCCUAACCAUCGUAAUACGGUCGGGUUCGGAGAACAUACAGACCCUCAGGUAAUAUCAGUGUUGAGAUCAAACAACAUCACUGGCCUUCAAAUUGCUGAUAAAAAUGGUUCCUGGAUUCCUGUUCCACCUGAUCAGAACUCAUUCUUCAUCAAUGUUGGUGAUUCUUUACAGGUAAUGAGCAAUGGGAGGUUCAAGAGUGUGAAACACAGAGUGAUCCAAAACAGUAUGAAAUCUAGGGUGUCAAUGAUAUAUUUUGGUGGCCCACCUUCAAGUGAAAGAAUAGCACCUUUACCAUCACUGUUGGCAGAAGGUGAACAGAGUUUAUAUAAAGAAUUCACAUGGUCUGAAUACAAAACUUCUGCUUACAAAUCAAGAUUGGCUGACAACAGGCUUUGCAAAUUUGAGAAACAACAACUUUCAAGGAAGAUACCACUGGAGUAUCGUGGUAAAGUUAUUGGAUGAUAAUACCAAUGACCUAGAUUUCAUACUGUUUUCUUUAUUGGAUCAGUAAAGAAUUUAGCUACGGAAGUUCGAGAUUGGCUGACAACAGGCUCUGCUAGAUUUUAUUGAAUGAUAAUACCAAUGACCUGAUCCGAGUUCGAAACUCGUCGUCAUUAUGGAAAAAGGAACAACAAAACUUAGUGAAUAGUGUGUAGUUUUCUUUUCUUUUUUUUCUUCCUGCUAUUUCUAUUUUUCUUGGCCAAUUGUAUUUAGUCAAAAAAACUAAACUACAACAACUAACUGUGGUUGGAAUUGUGGCACAUGAAUGAAUGCUCCUCCAGAAUUGAAUAUCUUCUUACGGAAAAGAUGUAUACAGCAAAUUUCAGCUAUAAAAUCUUACUUAUCUAGA